AUGGCGUCCGAGACUUUCUUUAAGCGAGUCUCGCCCAAGUUCGGCGAUGUAAAACAAGAAGAGGGUAUCCAUGUUGAGCAGUUUUUAGCCGCUUGUCGGAGUUACCUUGAGUUUUAUGAUCUAUUCGGGGGCACUGUCUUUGCUCCCGUCAAGAGUGACGUUUCUGGAAAUAUUGGAAAGCUGCAGGGCUGGUAUGAGAAAGACAAGUCAAAAAACACUCUUGAGCUUAUCCUACAAGUGGAAAUAGACGCUAAGAGCACGGAAUCAAAGGGUUCCGCUACCGAUGCCCUUCUUUGGCUAAAACGCGGUCUCUGGAUGAUGGCUCGAUUUUUAAGAGGCCUUCUUGAUGGCGAGAGGGACUCGAACAAAACAUUCCAAAAGAGCUAUGACCAGACUCUGAAGCCGCAUCACAAUUGGAUGGUGCAGAAGUUAUUCACUGUCGGGUUAAAGAUGGUCCCCGACUUUGAGGGAUUUGUUGCGCUCAUGGCGCCCAAGGAUCAUCCUGGCGAUAAGGAGAAAAGCGUCCUCGAAGACAUGGAAAUCUACAUUGGUGAUAUGGAGAAGAUUCUCAUCAAAAUCGACCAGUUCUACACUGAAAAGGCCUCAAGCAUCCCUAAACAUUCUUAUCAUCUUCAUUCAAUCCAAUCAGAGCCUGUUACAAUAAUACCCAUAGAUAUAGAAAAUGAAAAUAAAACGUCGAAAAAUGGAACAUUUGCCAAGCGUGCGCUUGAUAAUAAAGUUCGAAUCGACGAUCAAGUGAAAAAUUAUUUCGGAAAGAACAUAAAGCUGUUUACGACGGACUGCGUGAUCAAUGAAUUGACCAUUCUCGGAAAACAGCUCUACGGAGCACUUGUCAUUUGUAAGAAGAUGGAAGUCUACGAUUGUGGCCACAAAGGCUCUAGAAUGGCAAAAGGCUGUCUCAAACACAUUAUAGAGAAAGGAAACGAAGAUAAAUUCUUCAUUGCAACGAAUGACAAACAGGUCUCCUCUUUCGCGAAUUCUAUCCCUGGUACCCCUCUUGUCUACAUCGUUGGCAACACGAUCGUACUAGACAAGCCAUCAGAGAAUACUUCAAGAGCAGCAGAAGAAGAGCUCCGAUCAGCCACAGAUCUGACAAGUCACGAGCAGAAGAUCCUCAAGCAAAUCAAAAUGGAAGAGAAAAAAGUAGCACCGAUUAGGCACAAGAGGAAAGUGGCGAAGGGACCUAACCCACUCAGUAUGAAGAAGAAAACGGCGAAGAAAGAUGUAAAGACGGAAGGGAAAGUGGAUGAAAAUGGCAAAAGUGGCAAUAGCGCAUCAAAGAAAAGAACAUUUCACGAACUUUCACUGGCUGGCCAGCAGCUUGUCAUCGACAACGACAUGUUCGACAACGAGAAGCGUCGGUUCUUAUACGACAACGUCGACGAGUUCCGUGACAAGCUUCUGCUCGUGCCGGAUUUGACCGAAAACGACAAGUUCCAGAUACAUCUCUACGUUUUAAACUUUAAUCCAGAUGUUUUGCCGCCGCAGCAAGUGGACGUUCUGCGGACGCUUAUCGACAGGAUAAACGUAGAAGACGUUGCGCGCGAAAUUAAUCCAGACAAUCCAAAUAUAAGAGAUGAGCUCGUCGGAUAUAUGGAAACGAUCCAUAAUUCCCUGCAGCCAACGAAUUACUCCGACAUCGAUAUGAAUUUUCACGAUCCAAGCAUUCUUGACCCGAUUGAGUUUAGCAUAAACGACUUCCACUUUGGAGGCUCUAAUGUGUAA